AUGAAGGCUGUUCUAGAUUCUUCUUGGUCUUGGCUGCCUCAGGAUAUCUCUCAGAUUUUUCACAUCAUGGUUAUUUUGAGUCUUACCUAUUUGUUUCUGGAAGCCAUCCAGCUAUAUCGGAGGAAGCAGUAUCUGGCCAAAGUUCUCAGUUGUUUUCCAGGACCUCCCACCCACUGGCUGUAUGGUCAUAUCAAAAUGAUGAAAGCAGAGGAAGAGCUCCGGAACACAGCAGAAUGGACAGAAAAAUACCCAUAUUGUCAUCCGUUAUGGUUUGGAGGAUUCUUAGCGUUCUUGAGCAUCAACCAUCCUGAAUAUGCAAAGGUGGUGUAUAGCAGAGGCGAUCCCAAACCACUUAUAGCAUACAAGUUCCUGAUUCCAUGGAUUGGAAAGGGGUUACUGAUCCUCAAUGGGCCAAAGUGGCAGCACCACCGAAAGCUGCUGACUCCCGGAUUCCAUUACAAUAUUCUGAAGCCUUAUGUGGCUCUCAUGGCAGAAUCAGUCAAGGAGAUGCUGGAUAGAUUGGAAAAGAUGGUUCCCAAAGACACCACAGUGUCAGUGGAGAUGUUCAAAUAUGUCACUUUGAUGACCCUUGAUACCAUCAUGAAAUGUGCCUUCAGCUACCACAGCAAUUGUCAGACAGACAGGAAUAAUUCCUAUGUUAAUACUGUCUUUGACCUCAGCUUAAUGGCUGUUCAGAGAAUGAAGAACCCUUUGCACCACAGUGAUCUCAUUUACUGGUUCAGCUCCCAAGGACAUCAGUUUCGCAAGGCUUGCAGACUAGCCCACCUUCACACUGAUAAUGUAAUACAAGAGAGAAAGAAGUCUCUCAUGAAUGAGAAAGAACUUGAAAAGAUCUUGAAGAAGAGGCAUUUGGACUUUCUGGAUAUUCUUCUUUGUGCAAAGGAUGAAAAUGGAAAUCCAUUAUCAGAUGAAGAUGUACGUGCUGAGGUGGACACGUUCAUGAUUGAAGGUCACGAUACGACGGCUACUGGACUCUCUUGGCUCCUGUAUUGUAUGGCCCAGAACCCUGAACAUCAGCAGAAAUGCAGAGAGGAGAUAAAGGAACUUCUUGGGGAUCAGGAGCUUAUUCAAUGGGAUAACUUGGGAAAGAUGUCCUACACCACCAUGUGCAUUAAAGAGAGCUUUCGGCUUUAUCCUCCAGUACCCAUGAUAGGACGAGAGCUGAAUUCACCAGUAACGUUUGCAGAUGGACGGACUUUACCAAAAGGGUUUCUAGUUGCACUGAAUAUUUAUGGUCUUCACAGAAACCCUAAGGUUUGGGACAAUCCUGAGGUCUUUGAUCCUCUCAGAUUCUCCCCAGAAAAUUCAAAUAAUCGACACCCAUUUGCUUUUCUUCCUUUUGCUGCUGGGCAAAGGAACUGCAUUGGACAGCAGUUUGCCAUGAACGAGAUGAAAGUCGCUCUUGCCUUGACGCUUUUGCGCUUUGAACUUUUGCCCGAUCCUUCCAAACUCCCCAUUCCCAUAUCACAGCUUGUCACCCGAUCGAAGAACGGGAUAUAUCUGAAGCUGAAGACUGCGCCUACUGAUGCUUGACGUUACCCUAGUGCCAUGCUUUGGUACUCUUAAUACCUGCCAACAGAUAUUGGUAGGCACUAUACAUAUCAAUACUAUUCAAUGUACACCUACUCUUUUUACGGAAUAGUUCAUAUCCUGAUGAUCAUGGGAUGAAAUUGUUGUCAUUCCGGAUAUACAGAAGUUGUGUCCAAAUAUGGAUUCCUCCAGUAUUUUU